GCUUUGGCAAUGAUUUUCCAUUCAUAUAUUUUCAUGUAUUGCUGUCUCUUUCUCCUAACCACCUCUCCGAUCUCCUUCUCUUCACAGCCCACUUAUCUCUCCCAUUCCUUUCCAUUGAAGCAUUCUGUCAAUUCUCUCUUCUCCUUUCUGAUUCAUUUCAAUGUUAUAUUUCUCUCUAACUCUGCCUUCAUCCACCAGCUAAGUACGAUCUUUUUUUUUUCUCAUUUAAUUCAUCCGAAUUAUUUGAUUUCUCUGUUCUUUUUGCAUCUGGGUUUGUUUUUCUUGAGAUUUGGCAAAAACCCAUUUUGUUUAUUUGGUCGUUGAUGCCAAAUGAGUUGUUAUAAAGAUGAUAGCUUUCAGCUUGAAUUUCUGGAAAAGCUGUAAUUUGAGCAUUGGAUAUGUUUAGAUAUGCUCGUUUCGUUUUGCUUCUAUAUAAUGUUGUUGCUCUACUUUGAAACUCUUAUAUUUCUGUGAGCUGAAUGUGGGGCAUUUAUUUGAACUGACGGUGAAAUUUUGUUAAUGGAUAGUGUGGUACUUAUAUUGGAUCAAUUAUAUAACGUGUUUAAAGUUGUUUAUAGAUAAAUGGGUUAUUGAAGAUCUUAAAGUUAUAAUCUUUUCAUUGUGGGUUGCUGUUUUUGUUGGAAGUUUGUUGAAUGUUGGUGGUAGGAGAUGGUAGAAAAAAAAUAGUUUCAUGAAUGUUAGUUGGAAUAUAUUGGCAUUAUGAAUUGAUUGAGAUGGUGAAUAAUUUUAGUCGGAGUACAUCAUUCAACCGAAGGGCGUUGAAUGUUGAUAGCCCGAGAUUUUUGAGUAUUGCAAGCCCCAGAGCCUUGAAUCUUCUUAGCCCUAAACCACUGGGUUUUGCUAGUCCUAGAGUUCAUCAUAGGUUGGGCUGGGUCUCACGCUUGUUUCCUGUGCUUAUUCUCAUUGGGGCUUUGAUUUCAUUUUUUAUAGUAAUUGGUGGAGGUUAUAUGUAUGUUCUCCCUAGUCUCAGUCAAGCAUUUCUUGGGUAUAGUGUGUCAAAAUUCAAUGAAUCGAGCGAUGUUUGUGAUAUUUUUGAUGGAAGCUGGGUUAUAGAUGAUAGUUACCCAUUAUACAAUGCUUCUGAAUGUCCAUAUGCUGAACAAGGAUUCAAUUGCUUGGGAAAUGGCAGGAAAGAUAAAGAUUAUCUUAAAUGGAGGUGGAAACCAAAAAAUUGUGAUAUCCCAAGGUUCAAUGUGCAAAAUGUUCUGGAAAUGCUUCGAGAUAAAAGGAUUGUUUUUGUUGGAGAUUCUAUGAGUAGAACACAGUGGGAAUCAUUGAUAUGCUUGCUCAUAACUGGAGUGGAAGAUAAGAAGAGUGUUUAUGAAGUUAAUGGGAAUAAGAUAACUAAACGGAUCAGGUUUUUAGGUGUGCGGUUUAGUUCCUUCAAUUUUACCAUUGAGUUCUUUCGCUCAGUUUUCUUGGUGCAACAUGGUUGGAUGCCUAGACAUGCUCCAAAGCGGGUUAGGUCAACCCUUAAGUUGGACAAGUUGGAUGAUAUUAGCAAUGAGUGGAUUAAUGCAGAUGUUCUCGUAUUCAACACGGGACAAUGGUGGGUACCAGGGAAGCUCUUUGAAACCGGUUGCUACUUUCAGGUUGAAAAUUCAGUAAAGCUUGGAAUGUCAAUUCCUACCGCAUUCAGAACAGCACUAGGUACUUGGGCAUCAUGGGUUGAGAAUAUGAUUGACGCAAACAGAACACUUGUCUUUUUCCGGACUUUCGAGCCAUCUCACUGGAGUGAAAAAUCGCGUCGGUUUUGCAAUGUGACCCAGAAUCCAUUAUCAGAAACUGAAGGGAGGGAUCAAAGCAUUUUCUCAGAGACUAUUUUCAAAGUGAUAAAGAAUAUGACUGUUCCUAUAACUGUUCUGCAUGUAACUUCCAUGUCGGCUUUCCGAAGAGAUGCACACGUGGGCAGGUGGAGUGACAAUCCAUCUGUGCCUGAUUGUAGCCACUGGUGUCUUCCUGGCGUACCUGAUGUCUGGAAUGAAAUUUUCCUCUCAUACCUGCUUGCUGCUUAUGAAUUUCCUGCAGUUUAUAAAGAAUAGUAUUGGAUUAGCAAGCACGAUGAUUGAACCCUGGUCUGCAUGCAGCUCUUCUCAGAACUCGAAAUUAACAUGGAUUGAAAUUCACCUCGCAUUAAGACCUAUAAUCCUCCGGGAACCAGUAUGACAAGUCUGCAAUUCUUGACAAAGCACUCAAUUUUUUAUAGAGAAAAAUGUAGAGUUACACGGAUAAAGGAACGUGUAAGAGAAACUAAUUUUUUCAUUCUUUCUUGCCCUUUUCUUACCUUUUACAUGUGAGAAGCGGCCAAAAUUGGGUAUUCAAAUGUAACAAAUUUGUCCAUGUCCUGUUCAAAUAUUAAAAUUUUGAUGAUUCACCACAUUAAGAGAUA